GUUACUGGUCAUUUAGAUGAUUGCACCUGUGAUGUAGAAACCAUUGAUGCCUUCAACAACUACAAGCUUUUUCCUAGACUGAAUGAACUUCUGGAAAGUGACUAUUUUAGAUACUACAAGGUAAACCUAAAGAAACCUUGUCCUUUUUGGAACGACAGCAGUCACUGUGGAAUAAGAGACUGUGCCGUAAAGCCCUGCCCAUCUGAUGAAGUCCCUGAUGGAAUCAGAUCUGGAAGUUACAAGUAUUCGGAAGAAGCCAAUAACCUUGCUGAAGAGUGUGAAGAAGCCAAGAGACUUGGAGCUGUCAAUGGCUCUUUGAGUAAGGAAACCCAGCAGGCAGUGCUCCAGUGGACACAGCACGAUGACUCUUCAGACAGCUUCUGCGAAGCUGAUGACAUCUAUUCUCCUGACGCGGAGUACGUGGAUUUACUCCUGAAUCCUGAACGCUAUACUGGUUACAAAGGACCGGAUGCCUGGAAAAUUUGGAACAGUAUUUAUGAAGAAAACUGCUUCAAGCCUCAGAAUGUAAAAAGACCUUUGGCAUCUGAUAGAGGAGACGAUGGAGGGCAUAUGUUUUACAAGUGGCUGAAAGGUGUCUGUGUAGAGAAACGAGCUUUCUACAAACUCAUUUCUGGUCUCCAUGCAAGCAUCAACAUCCAUUUGAGCGCCAGGUACCUUUUACAAGAUACGUGGUCAGAGAAGAAAUGGGGUCCCAAUGUUACAGAGUUCCAGCAGAGAUUCGAUGAAGUCAUCACCAGAGGGGAAGGUCCCAGAAGACUCAAGAACCUGUAUUUUCUCUACCUGAUAGAGCUGCGGGCCUUAUCCAAAGUGCUGCCAUUCUUUGAGCGCCCAGGUUUCCAGCUGUACACAGGGAAUAAAAGUCAAGAUGUGGAAAUGAAAAACCUAUUGCUGGAAAUUCUCCAUCUGGCCAAGUCUUUUCCGCUACAUUUUGAUGAAAACUCAUUCUUUGCAGGGAAUAAAAAGGAAGCUGCUAAACUAAAGGAGGAAUUUAGGCUACACUUUAAGAAUAUUUCUAAGAUAAUGGACUGUGUUGGCUGCUUCAAAUGUCGCCUCUGGGGGAAGUUGCAGACGCAGGGCUUGGGUACAGCGCUGAAGAUCCUCUUCUCUGAAAACCUGAUAGAAAAGAUACCUGAAAGCGGCCCUUCCUAUGGAUUCCAGCUGACAAGACAAGAAAUCGUUGCCUUAUUUAAUGCUUUUGGAAGGAUUUCAACAAGCGUUAGAGAACUGGAAAACUUCAGGAACAUCUUACGAAAUAUGCGGUGAAUUCAUUGGAGAAAGAGACACUUAAAGUUUUACUGCUCGGCUGUGCUGGGUUCUCUAAAAAUGGGCAAACACCA